CAGAAGUUUUAAAAUUGUCAGAUUUAUGUGUGUGGAUUUUAAAAAAAUCUAAUUAAUAUUUUCUUUUUUUUCUUAUUCCAAUAAUAUUCCCUUUCAUGUAUUUGUCAGUAGAAUUUUAUUUACUCCAAAAAAUUUCUACAUUUUUUACUCCAAUUUUUCCCUGCAAAACAAAUUGAUCAAAAGUUUUAAUUAAAAACGAUUAACAUUAAAAUUACGUCAUUUUAAAUUUGAAAUUAUUUUCAAAUGAAUGGAUAAAUUAACUUUAAUCUCAGGAACAUUGUUCCUAGCAGCAGAUGUAUUUGCUGUUGCUAGCUUAGCAAUGCCAGAUUGGAUUAUAACUGAUGUUGGUGGAGAUACACGGUUAGGUUUGAUGUGGUCAUGUAUGACUUUAUACAACAGGCAUCAAGUGUGCUAUACUCCAGAUUUACAACCUGAAUGGUUGAUAGCACUCUCUUGUAUAUUUGUUGGCUGUAUUUUAAUUACUGUUACUAUCAUUCUAUUGGGCUGUUCUCAUUGGGAUCGUCAUGUCAUACCUUAUGCUAGAUGGGUUGGAUUUACUGCCAUGGUACUAUUUUGCCUAGCUGCAGUUAUAUUCCCAAUGGGAUUUCAUAUAGAUGAAAUUGGAGGACAACCGUACCAAUUACCAAACUCUCAUCAAGUGGGAAUAUCAUAUAUUCUUUUUGUUUUAGCUUUAUGGAUAACAGUUAUAUCCGAAUUAUUUGCUGGUAAGGUUUGUUUACCACAUUUUUAAAACUUUUUAUAAAUUAUAAUCAAAUAAUAUCGAUAACAUGGGAGUAUUUAUAUUGUAAAAUACAUUGUUACAUUCUAAAUGUUUGAAAACUAAAAAUGUAUCUUACAUUACAUUUAUGCCAGCAGUUUAUCAAACAAAAAUUGUAAAUAUAAACAUUUGUAAUUCAGGUUUUAAACCAGUAAGAAUCUCAUUUAAAGUCUUCGAAAGUAUGUAAAAUUAUUGUAAAUAUAAUUCUUUUUAACAAUCAGUAUUUCGUACUAA